AUGGAUUAUUCCGUAAAAUUGCAGAUGCACUCAGGGAAUUCUCUUUCUGACGAGUCCUCCUCUUCCUAUCGAAGGCUCAUCGGAAGAUUAAUAUACCUCACCAACACUCGCCCAGAUAUUGCGUACGCUGUUCAACAGCUCAGCCAGUACAUGUUGGCUCCUACCACUACUCAUCUUCAAGCUGCUUUUCGUAUAUUGAGAUACCUCAAGGGCUCACCAGGAUCCGGGCUCUUCUUCGCAGCAAACGGGACUCCCCAACUCCGAGCUUUCAGUGAUUCAGAUUGGGCGGGGUGUAAAGACUCUCGCAAAUCCACCACAGGGUUCCUGGUCUAUCUGAGUUCUUCACUCAUCUCGUGGCAAUCAAAGAAACAGUCCACCGUCUCCCGCAGCUCCUCCGAAGCCGAGUAUGUGAGCUGCAAUGGCUAA